AUGGGGUUUCUGAGCAGUUUACUGGGAAUCUUUGGCUUUGGAAUUGGAAUCCCUCUUGGACUCUUGGUGGGGUUUUUCCUUUUUAUUUAUUCAAAGCCCAAAGAAGUUGAGGAUCCGGUAAGCAGGCCACUUUAUGAGUUAGAUGAACUUUCCUUGCAAGAUCUUCUUCCAGAAAUUCCAUUGUGGGUGAAGAACCCUAAUUAUCAUAGCGUAGACUGGUUGAAUAAAUUUAUCUCAGAUUUAUGGCCUUACCUUGAUAAGGAAAUUGGAGGUAUGAUAAGAAGUGUGGCUCAACCUAUAUUUUCAGAGUACAUUGGGAAGUUUCAGAUUGAAUCAAUUGAGUUUGAGAAAAUAAAUCUGGGAACUCUUCCUCCUAUUUUUUAUGGUCUUCAAGUCUAUGAGACUAAUGAGAAGGAAUUAAUCCUAGAACCAUCAAUUAAAUGGGCUGGCAAUCCCAACAUAAUUUUGGUGGUAAAAGUUCUGUCUGUACCUAUUGCAGUUCAGUUAGUAGAUCUACAAGUAUUUUUAGCACCAAGGAUAGCUUUGAAACCUCUUGUGCCUGCCUUUCCAUGUUUUGCAAACAUUGUGGUGUCUUUGAUGGAGAAGCCUCAUGUUGAUUUUGGAAUGAAAAUAUUGGGAGGUGACAUCAUGUCUAUACCCGGCCUCUAUCAUUUUGUUCAGGAGACUAUUAAGAAGCAAGUUGCAAGCCUCUAUCUCUGGCCUCAAACUCUUGAAAUACCUGUUCUUGACAUUUCGACAGUGGCCGUAAAGAAGCCGGUGGGAAUAUUACAUGUGAAUGUUGUUCGCGCAACUAAACUCUUGAGGAAGGAUAUCUUAGGAUCAUCUGAUCCUUAUGUCAAGCUCAGCCUGACUGGAGAUGGGCUACCAGCAAAGAAAACGAGUAUCAAGAUGAAAAACUUGAACCCUGAGUGGAAUGAGAAGUUUAAGCUUAUUGUGAAGGAUCCCAAGGCCCAAGUUCUUCAGUUACAAGUCUAUGACUGGGACAAGGUUGGGGGGCAUGAUAGGAUAGGAAUGCAGUUAGUUCCUCUCAAACAGCUAACACCCCAUGAGAUGAAGGAAUUUAAGCUCGAUUUGCUCAAGGACACAAAUAUUACUGAUUCUCAUAGCAAGAAGCAAAGAGGGCAGCUUGUGGUUGAGCUAACUUUUGUGCCUUUCAAAGAAGACACGAGCAAAUAUAGUGGAAAAUUCAGUGGACCUAUUGAAGCUUAUAGGAGACACGAAAGCGAAAUUGAUAUGUCAAUGUCAUCAGAUGAGGGUACCCUAGGUGGAUCAGGUGUACUAUCAGUUAUGAUCCAAGGAGCCGAGGAUGUCGAGGGGAAGUGUCACAAUAAUCCUUAUGCUCUCCUCCUCUUUAGAGGAGAAAAGAAGAAAACGCAUAUGCUUAGGAAAACUCGUGAUCCGCGCUGGAACGAGGAAUUUCAGUUCAUGCUGGAUGAGCCUCCUUUGGACCAGAAAGUUCACAUUGAGGUUCUGAGCAAGAGGACAGGCAUUAGUUUCCGGUUGAAGGAAUCGUUGGGACAUGUGGAAAUUAAUCUUAGAGACGUUGUGCACAACGGCCGGAUCAACCAGAAAUACCACCUAAUCAAUUCAAAGAAUGGGAUGAUACAUGUUGAGAUUAGCUGGAAGAUGAUUUGA